AUGGGAUCUUGGAUGGUAAAAUUACAAGAAGAAGAGGAUUUUGAGUUGCAUUCGGUAGAGGUAGUAAAUGGAUCGCUUGAUAAUGGUGAUCCUGAGGCGCAGCUGCUGUCAUCAUCUUCUAUCAGAUCUGAUAAAUUUGAUAAGUUUAAAUCGUUAUUAUUUUCUGAAAGCAUUUCUGUCAGUAUAUGGCGUUGGGUUCUAAUGAUAAUAGGUGGCGCACUGAUAUGGUUUGGGUUGCUAGCUUGGUUUGAAGUGCAUCGAUCUAGUUUGGUUGCUGCUAGUCCUCGGGAUCGAUCGUUCUCUAUAGAAAAUGUAUUCAAUAGAGAAUUCACAUACCAGGACGAAACAUUCCGGUUCCUGGUCCCCCCUGCUGUUCUGAAUUUGGAGUAUGAUUCUGACGAAGGGAGGUAUCUGGGGGUGAGUUCUGAGUCUGGGGAUAUGGAGUUUGUGAUUAAAAAGUUGUCCAACACCACUUACUCAAAGACUCUGGCAAGUAUGCAUUUUGACUACAAACAACACUCAUAUGAAAUUACAACGAUAGAGGUUAGUUAUGAAUCCGAUCGGAUAAUAUUCGGCACAGAUCUUGUUGAUGAGUUUAGAUACUCAUCUAGAGGCCACUAUUGGAUCAAGGAGGUUGACUCUGGUAAGGUUUAUCCAAUUUCACCUGAUCCAGGAAACACUGAUCUGGUAAAAGUUUCUUACUGCGAUUUCUCUCCAAAUUACAAUUACGCAUAUUUUGUACAUGAGAAUGAUUUAUAUGUGCAAAACUUAUACCAACCAGACUCUGUGAGACGCAUUACUUCCGAUGGAGCACACGAUAUUUACAACGGGAAACCCGAUUGGGUUUACGAGGAAGAAGUUCUCGCUUCGCAUAAGGCAGUGUGGUGGUCGCCUAGUGAAUCGGUGCUUGUAUUUGCCAAAUUCAAUGACUCUACUGUGGCCAAUUAUACAAUGUUGAAAUUCAUUAGUGAUGAACAUUAUCCUAAUAUUGAACAAAUUCAUUACCCUAACCCUGGGCAAUCAAAUCCGUUAGUAUCUAUGAUAUUAUACAAUCUAGCUGAUAAUUCCUCUUUUGAAAUCAAUGUUGAAGAGGAUGGUCCGUUUAUUCUAUAUGAUGCUUUGUGGUUGACAGAUGAUUUAUUUAUGUUUAAAGUUACAGAUAGGGAAUCGCGGAUCAUGCGUGUAAAGAUAUAUGACUUGCAUACAGGGAGUUGCAAGACUGUUCGAACAAUCGACUCUAACUCUUAUGGUGGCUGGAUAGAAAAGGUGAAAAAGAUAUUUUUAAUACCACCAAAUAAAAAUCAAGGAAGAGAAAGUUUAGGUUACGUUGAUACGGUCGUUGAUCCGGAAGGUUUCCCCCACAUAUUCUUUUUCGAUUCCCCAUACUCUGAACAAGGUGUUCAAUUAACAAGAGGUGAUUGGGAAGUAACCUCUGGACCAAUUGCAUUUGAUUAUGAUAAUGCAACUGUUUAUUUCAUGGCAAAUAAGAUGCAUUCAAUGUCACAACAGCUAUAUGCUGUCUCCUUAAAUCUUCCAAAUGAUGACAAUAUCCAUUCUGUGCAAAACGGCGUUCAAGCAUUUGAUUAUUUUGAGUUUAUCUUUAGUGGUAGUACCAGGUUUAGUAUCAUGCAAUAUUUGGGCCCUAACAUUCCGGUGACAAAAGUUGGACCCAUCAAGGCAUUGCUCGAAGGGGACGAUCUGAAUACUGAUGUCUCCCAAAUUACGCAUAAUCAGGAACUAUCUGAUGCAUUAGGUAAAUAUGAUCUGCCGAAAUCAUCAUACAAACUGUUUACUACUUCAGACAACGUUUCAAUCAGUUAUAUUGAAACUAGGCCAGCUCGUAUGGAUCCUAAUAGGAAAUAUCCAUUGCUAGUGACUGUAUAUGGGGGUCCUGGCUCACGAACAUUUACGACCGAGUUUAGAGUGCUUUUGGAACAAAGUAUUGUUUCAGGUUUAGAUGCCAUCGUAUUACAAAUAGAACCUCGAGGCACUGGUGGUAAAGGUUGGGAAUUCAAGAGCUGGCUAAAAGAUAAAAUUGGAUUCUGGGAACCGCGUGAUAUUACAGAGAUCACUAAGACUUAUAUUUCGGAAAACUAUGGACAUAUUGACCCUGAACGGGUUGCUAUUUGGGGUUGGUCAUAUGGGGGAUUUACAACUUUGAAGACUUUGGAACAUGAUGGAGGAGAGACUUUCAAGUACGGAAUUGCUGUGGCGCCCGUCACCAACUGGAGUUCAUACGAUUCUAUAUACACUGAAAGAUACCUGAGGUCCCCAUCCACCAACCUGGACGGCUACUCAAAACAUGCAGCUGUUGUGGAUUUAGAACCAUUUUUAAGAGUGAAACGGUUCAUGCUCGCCCAUGGUACAGCUGAUGACAACGUUCAUGUUGUAAACACGUAUAAGUUUCUAGAUCGUUUGAAUUUGGGUAACAUAAGAAAUUAUGACAUCCAUGUAUUCCCUGAUUCUAACCAUUCCAUUAUGUUUCAUAAUGCAGCAAACACCAUCUAUAAGACAAUUUAUUACUGGCUGGACAAUGCCUUUAAUGGAAAAUUUGAUCAUCUCUCCAAUUAG